UAGCGCUGCUAGUGGACAAUCAAACCUACACACCCACCUCCAGACACACUCGCAUUUCUCAUUUCUUACUUCUACUCUAAAUUAGAUAGCAAGACGUAGUGUCGGAGCUCACAGAUCGCAUAGAAUUAGUUUUAAGUACUAGCGGUUGUUAAACAGCAAAUCUGAAAUUCAACAUGGAGUCCCCUCCAGAUCCAGCGAGCGACCCGGGCAACAGCGCCUCGGAGCCGGCUACCCCGGUCAGGGAAACCCCGGUAAACCUGGAGACGCUCCGGAAAGCGGACCAUCCAGCCCCGGUUCGAAGGCAGACCUGUUCAAGCACCAACAGAGGUAUCUCAGUAACAAAGAAGACACAUACCUCUCAAAUCGAAAUAAUUCCCUGCAAGAUCUGUGGAGACAAAUCAUCAGGCAUCCAUUACGGCGUGAUAACAUGUGAAGGCUGUAAGGGCUUCUUCAGGAGGAGUCAGCAGAGCAAUGCAGCCUACUCCUGCCCCCGUCAGAAGAACUGCCUGAUCGACCGCACCAGCCGCAACCGCUGCCAGCACUGCCGGCUGCAGAAGUGCCUGGCAGUGGGCAUGUCACGAGAUGCGGUGAAGUUUGGCCGCAUGUCGAAGAAGCAGCGAGACAGCCUGUACGCUGAGGUCCAGAAGCACCGGCUGCAGCAGCAGCAGCGUGACCACCAACAACAGCCCGGAGAGGCGGAGCCGCUCACACCUAGCUAUGGCCUCUCAGCCAACGGCCUCACAGAGCUCCAUGACGACCUCAGCGGCUACAUGGAUGGUCACACCCCUGAUGGCAGCAAACCAGACUCGGCGGUUAGCAGUUUCUACCUGGACAUCCAGCCAUCUCCUGACCAGUCAGGCCUGGACAUUAACGGCAUCAAGCCGGAGCCCAUCUGCGACUUUGCCCCCGGCUCUGGCUUCUUCCCUUACUGCUCCUUCACCAACGGAGAAACCUCCCCCACCGUGUCCAUGGCUGAACUAGAGCACCUGGCCCAGAACAUCUCCAAGUCACACAUGGAGACAUGUCAGUACCUGAGGGAGGAGCUGCAGCAGAUGACCUGGCAGGCCUUCCUGCAGGAGGAGGUCGAGAGCUACCAGAGCAAGCCCCGGGAAGUCAUGUGGCAGCUGUGUGCUAUCAAAAUAACAGAGGCCAUUCAGUAUGUGGUGGAGUUCGCCAAGCGCAUCGACGGCUUCAUGGAGCUGUGUCAGAACGAUCAGAUAGUGCUGCUGAAAGCAGGCUCUUUGGAAGUUGUGUUUGUCAGAAUGUGCCGUGCCUUUGACUCGCAAAACAACACAGUCUAUUUUGAUGGAAAGUAUGCCGGACCUGAUGUGUUCAAGUCAUUAGGCUGUGACGACUUGAUCAGCUCCGUCUUCGAGUUUGGGAAAAACUUGUGUUCUAUGCACCUGUCUGAGGAUGAGAUCGCCCUGUUCUCCGCCUUUGUGUUGAUGUCUGCUGACCGAUCUUGGCUCCAGGAGAAGGUGAAGGUUGAGAAACUCCAGCAGAAGAUCCAACUGGCUCUCCAGCACGUCCUGCAAAAGAACCACAGAGAGGAUGGGAUACUUACAAAGUUGAUAUGCAAAGUGUCGACACUGCGAGCGCUGUGCAGUAGGCAUACAGAGAAGCUUACAGCUUUCAAAGCAAUAUACCCAGACAUUGUGCGUGCCCACUUCCCCCCCUUAUACAAGGAGCUGUUCGGAUCAGACUUUGAGCAGUCCAUGCCCGUUGACGGAUAGCAGCCCUGCCAGGUGCCAGUGUGCCCACCGUAGGGGAAUGUGGAAGAGGAGGAAUCUGAGACACUUUAUUGGUGCCCUGCACAAACCAGAGCGGACAGAUGGCAGGCUGUUCAACUUCUUCUUUUACAUUAAAUGGGAGGGCUUAGGGAGUUGAUUCUCAAGGUUUACUUUAUCAAAUUUAGUUCUCUUUGGAAGACUUGUGGGACCCGACACCCCAUGGGACAUGAAGAGGAGAUAGGGACAAAUAAUUUCUGUCUGGUUGAACUUGACCCUCUUUUGCGUAUUUCUAACAUGGAACUCAUGAUUCACUUAAUUUCACUCAUUCAUUCUCACCAGUAUUUAUUGAAUUGCCAUUAUUAUGAUUUACCUGUGCAUCUGACUGGUAACUGUGUAAACAAUUACUGAGUUGAUUUUGGAAUUAAAAUAGCUGAAGAUUUAAAAGAUAAAUCCACAUCAGUAUUAUUUUUCAGAUUACAUUCCCAAAACAGUUUUGGUAUUAUCCCUAUCUCCCCAAACUGAAAUUAACAGCUGACAAAUGCGCACAUUUUGGUCAAGUUCAGCCCUUUUUCUCUUGUGUUCAGUCAUGUUUUUUGGACGCGGUUCAUGGAUUGAAAACUCACAGCGACUUUGAGGGAGGGUCUGUCGGCAUAGUAAUGCAACCGGAACCUCUCUAUGGACAAUCGUUAAAAAGAAAAGAAAAAAAAGAAACAGAAUUCUGGUAAUUCUAAUGAAAACGCAAUGAUUUUAGCUGUCAAAGACUCCAUCCACCAUUGUUGCAUAGUGAAAUCAUGUAAGGCCAUCUGCUAUUAAUCCUUCUCUGGACAGGUGCCCUGGGGAAGCACAGGGCACCAACACAAUGAAAAGGGUCCAUUCCACCUGUUUUAUAAUGUACUACAGGGUAUAUGGUCAUAAGUACUUACUAUACAGAAAAAAGUAAUGUUUAUAGAAUCUAUUUUAAAUAACAUGUAUGAUAUUAGUAGUUAGACCAUUCUUAAUUGUUGAAUUGAUAAGGCACUUUUAUUUACACCUUUCUUUAAUUUAAGACUUGUAUAUUUACCUAGUGAUGUGUUGCAUGUGCACAAGAAAUACAAGUUGAACCAUGGUCACAGAGGCUAGUCCUGGGAGCUGCAGAUGAUACUGGUCUGGAAGUGUAAGGGCUGUUUGUUAGGAUUGCUGGCGAGGCUGCUGGUUGGUGAACAAAGAGGCAUGGAUGAGAAGGCAGGUUAGAGGAGCUCUAUCCCGUUACCUCAACAACCGCCUCCAUGACACCUGUCCAAAUGAAGCUCUGAUACUCCUUUUAGGGAGAAUGCACACGUACAAUAAGGGCCAACAAACCUUGAAGUGACGUUACAGUCUCUUGGCUUUCUCGAUCGAUUUCUACAUAUUUGGUACUAAUUUUACUUUGAAAAACCUCACGAUUUAUGUAAAGAAGGCCACAAGGAAACACAGAAAUGAAACAUCUUAGCCAGGUCUUACAAAUCAACAUUGAAUAGCUUUGGGUCGGACUGGGAAGAUCCACAUUCAACACACACACACACACCACACACACACACACACACACACACACACACACACACACACACACACACACACACACACACACACACACACACACACACACACACACACACACACACAGACUUUAGUCCAAUUGUUCCAUCUAGUGGAAUGUAAAGAUACAGCAAGCAAGUUGACAGCCUAAUGACAAAGAUACAGGGUCUAACCUAAAAGCACAUUCUGUCAAAAUGUUUUGAGUGUUUUGUUGUUGUUGUUGUUGUUGUUGUUUUAGUGACUUUAUCUGCCUUCUCACCACAGCCUCAGCCUCAGCAACGCCACAACAGGACACAGAAGGAACAGUAAAGGGAAAGUGAAUAUUCAAAGCCUUGUCUGGUAGUAAAGCUUCUAUUUUUGUAACAUGUUUUGGUUAAUAAACUCAUGAAAGAGAAUGAGGGAGAGAAAAAGAUGUCAGGUAGCACUUAACUAUAUCCCUGCAAUAAUUAGACUAGCUGUUGUUUGUAUGAUUAGGGAAGAAACAUAAAAAUGGUAGGACAAGUGCUAUUUUCAGAAUGCUUUGUUGUUGUGCUUCUGUUUUGUUGAGUGUGUCUUUCUUGUCAGUGUGGUAGUAAAGUGGUAGAAAAAACCCUGGAUGUGCCAAACAGUAGUCGUUGCUUCCGCUUCCCAGUCUACUCGUCUAUAAUGUGUAGAAUGGAUUCCUAAGACAUUCCAGCAAUCUCAGUAGCGGCUUUUAGAAAUAUCUUUAAAAAAAAGAGAAAAAAAGAAAGAAAAAAAAAUGAUAUCCCUUUAGAAACCCAACAAAGCAUGUUGAUACAUCUGUCACCAACCGUAACAUAGAAUCCAGUUGUUUGUCUUUUGUUUUCUGUUUGCACACUUAUCAUUCCUCUGCCGUGCAAUCUGUACAAGGCGUUAAUGCCUUGUGCUGUCACCCCUCAGGGAAGAGUUUCUUUUGCGCUUUCUGUUUGAGAGGACGUUUGUUUGUACUCAUUAGGUUUAGUUUGUGUUUUUGUCAGGGAUGUUCCAUCAGAAGUGGUUGAGAUUUAACAGUUGAAUAUUCAUCAGAAUUUUACAUUAUGGAUGUCCUUAGGGGGCCCCCAGCCACUCAAAAACCACUGCGCCCCUGCGGUCAAGUUCAAGAAAAUCUCAUUUGUAAAAAAAAAAGCAACAAACCCCAUCACUUUUACAAAUCGCAGUUUUAUCAGAACACAGCAUGUUCCUGUCACACAAAAAUCUGUUUAGGUUUCAAACGGUGUCAUCAGGGUCUUUAAAAAUGAUAACCCUCUUUGUUAGAUAAACCAAAUAUUCUUAUGCAAUACUAAGUCCGUUGUGUUUGGGUUGUAGUAGAUAUGCUGUACCUAAGUAAUAAUUUCUGUUAUGAUGAUCCAAUGCUAUUUGGAUAUGCACAAGCCCUCUACGACUAGUAAACCUCAGUCUCCCAGCAAAAGAAACCCAGUCUGGAACACUGCUAGACAAUCCAGGUUGAGAGGCCCAGUGGCCCGCCAAGAGCAGCGAAAGAGGAUGAGGUGUGAACGCUCAGGGAGGUAACAGGUAGACCGAAGAAGCAGCUCACUUUCCUCUGGACAGUUGCAGAGCAUUUGAUUAGCUCUUAUGUGAAUUUAUGAGGUCUUGUAAAAGCACUUGAUUGAUGAGAGGAGGAGGCCUAGCACACUGAACAUGCAGUACAGCACUUACUGUUCAGAAAGCAAUUAAGAGAUGGAGGUUUGGCUGAUAUCCUGUUAUUUAUUUGCAAAAAAAAAAAAAAUUGGUAUGUUUUUUGAAAAUGAUUCCACUGUUGUAAUAUCGCUUGAUUGUCACAUAAAACAAUUCAGUAUUUUCUCAAAUAUGAUCAGCUAAGGUCUACCACCAAAACAGUUCUUUUCUUAUAAAGUGAAAACUUGUUUUUCAUUCAAGUGGCAUGUAAUGUGUUCUACAAUAUAAAACAAGCAAUAUGCCUUGUGUUACAAUUACGGGUCUCUACAGUGCAGUCAUCAUCCUUUUUUGAUUUUAUUUAUUCAGCUGAUUCAAACUGAUGACGUUAUCUCUCAGUCUAGAAAAAAAUGCCCCAUUGCUCUGUUUUCAUCUUAUGUACUGGUAUUGAUAAUGGCAGGAUAGCAGAAAAUGGUCAUCAAACACACGGAUACUUGUGUCUAUAAACUGCACCUUCACACGGGCCUGUAGAGUGAUGUCCUUCUGUGUAUUCUCACUUGAGAUAUCCCGAUUUAAGUAAGGGAUUGAUACUAAGUGUGCUAUUCAAUCAGUGUAUAGUAUACAGUAAAAUGUGCUGGUCCUUCUGUCUCUGCUCUGUUGUCUGUUUGUAAAAAGCAAAAGUGUGUGUGUGCGUGUGUGUAUGUCUGUUCUCACAGUGUGUGAAUAAAAUAAACCCCAGACAAGGCUUUAAUAAUAACAGAGGAAUAGGGUUAUGUGGACGAGGUUUUUAUUUUGGACUUUAAAAAAAAAAAAGGUUUUGGAAAUGCUGAGCUUGAUCCAUCCAUAAUAGGUGUAGGUUUUAAAAGCAUGACAUAACGCCUUCAACAAUUCAUAGGUUGCAGAAUGCUGUGAGGCAACAUUGACCAGCUUCACAGCGAAAACAUGCUUCGCUGUUAGUUCGGACAGCGCAGCCACGGCCUGAGCUGUAAUGAAUUCUGGAGUGUAAAUUGUGAAAAUGAGUCCUCUCGGCCAUAAAUUGUGAAGAUCAGUGUUAUGUCACGCUUAAAGUUGUGCUGGAGUGUCGGUGUGUUACCCAGAAUUAUGAGUCAGUCAUCACAUUUUAACAGAACUCAUUUUCCAAAGCACAGCUGAUAAGGAUUUAUGAUUAAAAAUACGUUUAAGGAUAUAGUUUAAAAAAAUAAAUAAAAGCAACUUUUAGCCAUAUUCGAAUGUCAAGCAAUAAUAUAUGUCUGUGUAUUGUUUUUGAUUCUUUUGUGCAUAAUAGUCUUUGAACAUCUGCAUGUAAAUACACCUCUUAUUUAUCACCUUUUUGGUUUAUUUUGUGUUGAUUUCGUGGAUGUUUUUAUGUUUCAUCUGUAUAUUUGACCAGUUCUGUUCCCAGGUGGAGAACUAAGAACUUGAUAUGGCCUGUAUGCUGUAAAUCUUAUUUUCUCACUUUCUCUCUCCCUCAUUCUCGGCUGUUCAUUCACCAUAUUUAAUGUUAUUAUUGAUCACAUGUAUAAAGGUAGCUUUGUUAUUUCUGUCAGUAUAGGUAAGAGGAAAAUACUGCUACUAAGGCCUACCCAGUGAAUCUAUUUAUCUGUUUAUCAAUUACACCAUAUUGUACGAUAACUCUGUUUACUAGUUUGCUUCCCUCCUUUAGGAUUAGUUUGAUAGAGAGGGUGUGCUGACAUUUAUUUUGUGUUGCCCUGAUGUGUGGUGUUAGGUAAGUUCAUUUUGUGAACAAAGUAUUGAUUCCUAAGCCUGGCCGCCCUAUUAGUCCAUUCAUUUCAUUGCAUAUUAAUGUAUUAUUGAUAUUAGGACUCAAUAAAUAAUAAUGAUGAUAAUGAAAAUGAUAGUGGUAAAAUUACCCAGCCAGUACCUGUAUCAGUGUGCUAGUCUUGGGAUAAGGCACUUAUUUCCUUCUGACUUAUAGCAAAGCUAGUAUCUGCUAAUUAACAAGCUAUUUAAGGUUGCUUUUCUGGUUUGUGGAAAAAUGAUAAUAUUAAAACUAAAACAGCAGUAUUGUGUUUUUUUUUCUUUGUCUGAUUGUAAAAACCACUCACUGAGGCUAUAGUUUGUCAGGUUUUAAGAUACUAAAUAUUUACCUCUCUUGUGUCUGCUUUACCUGAUGCAGGGAAGUGGUGCUUGGAUUUUAAUAAAGCCUCAGUAUGCUUUUGUUAUUCCCCAUUUUAGACUACCCUGAAACUGGUUUCUUCAGACCAGUGGCGUACAACUCUUGCACCACAUGAAGUGUUACAAAUUUACAUGAAAUAAUUGCCAUUUGAGGACAAAGUUGACCUUUUCUCUCCACUCUGUAGCAAAUAUCAGUGAGAAUAUGCUUGCAAUAAUUCACAACGUAUCACACUGAGUGCCUCUCGGUGUAACAAGAUGCAUACAUGGUUCUGAUUGUCUUUUUUUGUGGUUUUCCAGAUGUGUAAUGAAGUGACAAUGUAUUUUGUACAUGAGGAUUAAUUCUCAAUUCACACAUGCUUCAAAUGUUUUUUCAGACUCUUUCUUUUUGUGAUGUUAAUCAUUUUCACGUGGGUUGAUGUUAAAGGUUUUCAAUGUAUAGAUGGUCCGUUUAGAGUGUACAUGUCACCCCUCACCUUGUUUUUUGAGAAACAUAACUGGGAAGUUUGUUUCAUGUUGAUCUAGAAUGGUCAAAUAAAUGCUCGCAGACAAUAUUACAGAAAAGUUCACCUUUUUUUGAACAGGUAACCCACAUUUCUUCACUUUCUGUUUGUUUUAUAUCAGCUUUUUUAUUUCACUGAGAUUUACUAAUGCAUUGUAUAUCAAGUAGUUGUUUGUAAAAGAGGCAUACAACACAUCUGGAUUUCUUUAAUGUUCUGUGUUUAAUGUGCGCUCAGUCGGUUGGGGUAACUUAAAAUGAAGGGUGGGUGGAUUCUUUUUUUCCAUGUAAAAGCAGUGCAAAUUAUGGGAAAGCCGAAACUAGUGUGUGGUUGUCACAAAUUUCUAAGUCACACGUUUGCUACUGAUGUUAAAAUGGGGACAGAUGAUCAUGUACCUUUUUAUCCAGCUCUUUUGAACUCUCUUUAGCAGGUAGUCUAUUCACAAACGUAGUUUUGCUCCUUCUUGUCUGAUUCUUAAAUAUGAAAAUAAGUAUUUUGAUUCAUUUUGUAAAUACAGCUGUAAAGAAAAAUAAGAAAUUUAAUGUUGUCUUUUAAAUACUUUUCAUUCUAAUAUGAAUGUUGUUAUAUUGUACUUAGAAACUGUACCUUUAAUAUUACCUUUAUUAAAAGUGCAUUGGACACAUCGAUUUUAGAUGUGCUUUAUGUGCUGUUAUCCCAUAAUAAAAUUUACCGCUUGUAAUGGG